AAUUGCUUUAGGAUAUUACUUUAUAUCCACGCAUUAGUAUUUCUGACCUGACGACGGAGCUUGUGUCAGAUUUACUGCUGUCAGGCACCUCCUCCUGCUCUGAUCCGUGCACAGUUUGAGUCAUCUCUACUUAAAAUACUUCUUUUUUUAAAAGUUGGUUUGCAAGACAGGGAGAGGAAAAUCAAGUUAAACCGCGGAGAGGUUUUCUUCUCUUGCUCUUUGCACGCCUGUGCGUAAAAAAAAAACCUCGAGCCUGGCGAUGAUCAGAUAGCCAGAGAGGAGCCAGACGAGGAAGUCAGGAGGAGGGACCAGUGCGGUGGCGUGGUGUGUGUGCGGAGAAAAUACUUUAUACUGGAUUCUCCUGACGUCUCCAGCGCUGUGAAAUCGGAGGAUCUCUUCAGUUCUCAUUUUGUACCCAAAGCAGUAAUGCGCGCAAACGGACGCAGGACCCCAGUGCUGCCGCUUCUCUGCUCAGAAACGAGUUGUUAAGAAAGUUACACACCUUUUGCUGUCAAUGUCAGCACAGGUGGGAAAGAGGAUCCCGGAAGAACUCGCAGUGCAGGUUACCAGUUUGUUUGCAUAGCCUGUGCUUUUUAAAUUCAAAAACGAGCGAGCGAGCGCCGAUGGACUUGUUUGCCUCUUUAAAAAAAAAAGUAGUUUUUAAUCUCUUAAAGUUUUAAGAUUUUAAAGUGAACGAACGGAAAGAAGAUGAAGGAGCUAAAGAAGAAGCAUCUGUACGUGCUGAUGGACCUGCUGUGCGUUGUAGUUGCGGCACUGCCCUUCAUCGUUAUGACCAUCGUGUUCACGCCGUAUCGACGAGGGAUUUACUGUGACGACGAGAGCAUCAUGUACCCCGUCAAAGCAGACACCAUCACCCAUGGCAUGCUGGCAGCCGUCACCAUCUCCUGCACUGUCAUCAUUAUCUCCUCUGGAGAGGCGUAUCUGGUCUACAGCAAGAGGGUUUACUCAAACUCUGACUUCAACCAGUACGUAGCUGCACUCUACAAGGUAGUGGGCACCUUUUUAUUUGGAGCUUCUGUUAGCCAGUCGCUCACCGACCUUGCCAAGUUCACCAUCGGCCGCCCGAGACCGAACUUCAUGGCCGUGUGUGUCCCUAAAGUCUGCACGGGAUACAUGCAGGAGAUCAACUGCACUGGCAAGCCUCAGGACGUCACAGAGUCCAGAUUGUCCUUCUACUCGGGUCACUCCUCUUUUGGAAUGUACUGCAUGCUCUUCCUAGCACUCUACGUGCAGGCGAGACUGGUGGCUAAGUGGGCCAGACUUCUCCGGCCCACCAUCCAGUUCUUCCUGGUGGCCUUUGCGGUGUAUGUGGGUUACACCCGCGUCUCUGAUUACAAGCACCACUGGAGCGACGUGCUGGUGGGGCUGCUGCAGGGAGCGCUUGUUGCUGUGCUCAACGUGCGCUUUGUGUCAGACUUCUUUAAGAAGCGCCCUUCGCGUUGCACAAGGUCAGACACGGCCGAUAGUGAAGAGCCAGAGAGGAAACCCAGCCUGCAGAUCGCAGACUCCGAGCACGGCAACCAUUACAACUACCGGCACAACCCAGGCCCUGUGUGACGGGGGCUGACGCUGGGGAACGGAGGCUGCAGCCAUGCAGACCCCAGACCUGUGUGAUAACAACAGUGUUCAGUUCAGGGAAUAACCCGGGUCAUCUGCGGUCCUCCCCCUGCAGGCUGCCAGCUGCUGAUGCUGUGUGAGAAGUCCUAUGAGUGUGAGAUGUUAAAUGUUCAAGUGUCUAUAUUAAUUCUGCAACCAGACGCUUCUGUAGGAGUAACGCUGGGAUCAGGUCUGCAGCCUCCCUUCUCACUCCCCCCUGUGUCAACCACUCACACCCCACCUACUCCCCAACCACUGGACUGACUGAGGGGGCUGCAUCCCAUCGCCAGGUGCCCGAGCCCCCUCUCAAAGACACCAUGAUGAUUCUCCUGUAAGAGAGAGAGGAGCAUAUUGUUGAUGUUGAUGUACUUAAAGCUGCAUUAAGCGGAAGACUCCGAACCCACAGCAACAACGCUACGAUACACUAUUCCCGUAUUAAGUGCUCGCGGAUAAUGUGUUUUAGAAAGUUACACGCCGAGGAACAAAAUGUGUUCCCUUCGGCUCACAUGCUCCACUUUCUUUGCUUGUCACUUGUUUCCGAGGCUCAUUGUGUCGCAGUGAACGUACAAUGUGUUUGCAGGAAACAGCCGCCCGCAGCUUUAUUUAACGGGUCAGGGAGAGUGUUUGGGUUUCACCUUGAUGAACGGAAAAAAACAGGGAUGGAUUUUUAAGUACAACUAUCUCACCUACCAGGAGUUCCCUUUGAUUUGACGUUAAUAUCAAAUCCAUCGCUUAAUGUAGCUUUAAAGAUUCUCUUGUGUGUUUUUUAUGUGUAUGUAGAGAACCAAAUGAAUUGGCGGCGAUGAAAGAAAUAGCGAGUGGAAGAAUGUUUUGGAAAAUGUUGGUCAAAGCACAGUUUUGUUGAAUGGCUUCUUUUUAGUGCACAUAAACUGGCUGCACACUGUGUUGCAACUCAUAACAAAUACUUUGAGUGGAAACCAGGUCACAGUAGUUGAGCUCAUUUUAUCAUCAUGUUGGCAAAAACUAAAAUAUUUCAGCCGCACCGCCACCCAGGAGGGUGUAUAUAUCGAACUUCAUGGUUCGGAGGUAAUCCUGUGAUCUUAAAUUAGCUGACGAUGCAUUUCUGCCAGCUUUCCUAACUGCCACACAAACAGGUUAUAUGUUAUAUGUUAUAAAAGUGACGAAGCAGGCUUGUCCGAUGACUCGACUCUGAGUUAUGUAUCAGAUAUGUGAAUCUGAAUUAGGGGAAGGACAUUUACUGAGUCUUCAACUUUCAGGGUAGACUUCUUUGUGUCCAGACCCGGUCAGAUUCACCCUCGACAGUGAGGUACGGAAGCCCUGAGGGGCAAAAAGUCUGAUCCAAAUACUUUUCUCUUCUGUGUUUCUGAAUUAAGAACCAGGAUUAUCUUUUCUUUUCCAUUCAGUCACAAACACACGAGAGAAAACUAAUUAAAUCAGAUUUUUUAAAAAUGCAUCUGCAGAAGUUUGUUUCUCAAGGCUUCCGUAGAGAAAAUGUAUACAUUUAACUGUGGAGUUUGUGGAUGAUUGAUGUUUCUCCUGUGUGAAAUGGACUGCAGAGGUAGAAACCAUUGCUGCAGACUUCUGUUGGACUUUAUGUGUCAUACCACUAUUAUAUUGCCAAUCAAAUAAUUAAGCAAUUUGGUCUCUAUCGUGUCUUCUGUUUUAUUGUGUGUGUUGUUGUUUUUUCUCAAAUAGUAAUAAUCAAAGAAGGAUGAGACGACCGUUAUGAAAAUGGUGUUUAAUUUAUUUUAAAUACAAGAAGUUCUUUAUUGACUCUUACAAGGUUGGAAAUGCCAGCGCUGUUAAGGUUUUUGUGCAAUCACCCCUGCUUGCCACUUUGAGCCACAAAUACUGUAUAUACUAAUGCUAUGAGACAUGUUUCAUGUUGCGUGAAGGAUGUACAUAUACAUGCUUGUAUGUUUUUUAAUUUCACCUGUACAGUGUGCUUUGGCCCGUGCCUUUUCAGAACUGGUGGCUGUAGAAGUUGCCACACAAACGGAUUCAAUUCCAGGUCCAAACAUAAGCCAGAUGCCUUGGCAGCGCCUGUUAAAGGGCUGUUGUAAUGAUAAAGGGUUACGUAUCCAACUGUGUUUUUGAAGCUGCUCCAUCCCACUUCAAAGAUGUGCCUGUGUUCCCCUCCCCCCUUCCUGUGUUGAUGGAUGAGGUUAAUUUGUGAAUAAGGUCUCCUGUACAGUUCUUGUACAGCAUGCAGACCCCUGGAUGACUGACAUCAGAUCAGACGGACCACAUACCUGAUAGGGGGAGGGGGAGGGGAGGAAGACGGAGAGAAUCUCACCUGGCAGUGAUUGUGAGGCCCCGAAGCUGAGCUGGGACUAGAGAAAGGCGGGGCUCUUUUUCAGGGGGUGUGGUGUGGGGUAUCUCAUGGGGAACUUCCGUCCCUGGGGACUUCCACACAUUUAAAACACAGAUUUACAACUAGAAACAGCUGGAACUGGUUGCAGUGAAGUGCUGUGCGAGUCCCCCCCCCCCCGCCCCUCCCCGUCUCCCCUGCAUCUAAAUCAUCUGUGUGUUCCUGCAGCCAGACUAAUAACCCAAAUGAGGAUGAGAAUGUAGAAACUCCGUGGUGUUUGAUGCACCUCCAGGUUCUCGUCACGUGGCUCCGUGUGUCGGAUCAGUGCCUCCUGUUUUUAUAUGUCCACCUGUAGGUUUUGAUUCACGUUGUUUGCUUUCUGUAUAUAGAUUAUAUCUAUAGGCUCUAAAGCAGAGAAUUAAAUAAAGAUGUAAUCCACCUUCA